UCAUGCUGCUGCCAGGUCCAGAGUCUCUCAUGGGUCCCUGUACGGCCUCCCAUUGCUGCUGUCUCCAUCGCCACACUCUGCCAUGUGCCACUUUCAGGUCUCCUCACACUGCUGGUGUGGGUUCCAUUUUUUGACAUAGGGUGCUGGCAGAUUACGGGCCUCCCAUAGCUGCUGCCAGGCCCCUAAUCUGCCAUGGGCCCCUGUACCGCCUCCUCAUGCUGCUGCCCGUAUAUUCCUGUCCAAGCGUCUUCAUGGGCUCCUUCUCCUGCUUGCUCCUGUUCACGGAUUCCCAUUGUCAGCAGUCUUUCUUGGAAUCCGUUUCCCUCACACAGUGGUUGCGAGUUUAAUUUUUUG